AUGUCUACCUACGAUAAUAUGGACUUCAAGGAGAAGCAACGAGAGGCUGAUAGCCUUCGCACGGUCGCAUUCUUCGGAGUAGCCUUAUCGACGAUUGCUACUCUCGCAUGCGUUAUUUCUGUGCCUAUGCUCUACAAUUACAUGCAGCAUAUGCAAUCAGUCAUGCAAAAUGAAGUCGAUUUUUGCAAAUCUCGUUCUGGUAAUAUCUGGCGUGAAGUUACACGGACUCAGGUGCUCUCAAAGGUGAAUGGAGUCAGAAAUCCACGUCAAGCUGGCUACGGAGAAUCGGCAGCUGUUGAAGGCGAAAGCGUUUCAAUGGGUGGAGGAGGAGGAGGAUGCUGCGGUUGUGGUGUCUCAGGCCCAGGACCUCAAGGACCACCAGGACCUGACGGUAAAGAUGGUGCUGAUGGAGAACCAGGAGUGGCCGGAAAGGACGGAGCUGAUGCACCCGCAGCUACUGCAGCUCCUAAGAUUGACUGGUGCUUCGAAUGCCCCGACGCACCCGCAGGACCAGCUGGCCCCGCUGGACCAAAAGGACCAUCCGGCAAAGCAGGAGCUCCAGGCAAAGAUGCUGAUGGUGGUGCCCGCGGACCUCCCGGUCCACCAGGUCCAGCUGGACCAGCUGGGCCAGCAGGAGCCCCAGGACCAAAAGGACCCGCAGGACCAGCAGGAAAUACCAUCGAAAAACCUGGACCAGAUGGACCAGCUGGACCACCAGGACCAGCUGGACCAGCGGGACCCGACGGACCAGCUGGAUCGGAUGGCAAGCCGGGAGCAGAUGGACCACAAGGACCUCCAGGAUCUCCUGGCAAAGAUGGUGCACCAGGAAAAGCUGGACCAAAUGGAGACGAUGGACCACAGGGAGAACGAGGAGCAUCAGGAGCUUGCGAUCAUUGCCCACCCCCACGAACUGCUCCAGGAUAUUAA